CUUCACCGAGUGCAGUAGAUAGAGCUACAUAUAUAAGAACACAAGGCUUCAACGAUACAAACAUGAAAGAAAUCUACUACCACUACCGCCCCAGCCACGUGGCUCUUUUCUGAUAGGAAACAUGGCUGAUGUGAUUGCUGCCUCUAAAGUUGGUCAGCAGCAUCUGCUCUUUCAACGCUGGGCCCAAGAACAUGGAGAAAUUUUCCGCGUUCGUGUCGGUCCCUUCACCGAAUACUUCAUCAACUCCGAUAAAGCAGUCAAGGAGAUAUUUGACAAGGCGUCUGCUCAGACAGCUGAACGGCCUCGCUGGAUAGUGUCUAACGAGCAGAUAUGCAACCAGCUCAAUGUAUUAUUGCUCAACGCCAGUGACCCCCGCUGGAAACACCAACGCAAGGUCAUCCACUCAGGACUCACAAGUAUACCAAGAGCCGACGCUGGUCUCCCGUUCCUGCACUACGAGACUGCAAAGUUCAUGGAAGAGCUUGCCAACAAUCCAACCAUCGGCCGCGAAAGCAAGGAACUCUUCAGUGCGAUUGGAAGAUACACCUACAGCACGUUUGCUUCUCAGACCUUUGGCAUGGAUAUACAGGAUCCGAAUGACCCAACCAUCGACUACAUCUUUGAGACUGGUCUGGCGCAAAUCCAAGGCACACUACCGGGCAACCACAUUGUUGACAUACUGCCGUGGUUGGACAAUCUUCCACUGUUCCUCAAGCCAUGGGAAAGUGAUGCCAGAAGAAGGUUCAAGCGCGACAUGGACUGGUGUGUCGAACGUCUCAUGCGAAUCAAGAAGGGUAGAACUCGCAACGUGUUGCAAGAUGCCUUCUUGCCGCGUGUCUUGGAAGACGAAAAGAACCUCGGCUUCGGCAGUCUGGAAGAAGCAGCAUACCUAUCUCUCCAACUCAUCAUCGGCGCUGCAGAUACCAGCAAAAUGUCCACCUGGUCUUUCCUGGAAGCCAUGAUGACCUAUCCAGAUGUUCAGGAGAAGGGUCAUCAAGAAAUUGUCAAAGUCGUUGGAGAUCGUCUCCCUGUCUUCGAGGACCUUGACAAGAUACCGUACGUACGCUGCCUGAUGAAGGAGACCUGGAGAUGGCGUCCUCCGGUCGCUCUCGGUCAUCCUCACACCACGACUCGCGAACUCGAAUACAACGGCUACCGCAUUCCCAAGGGCGCACGACUCCACCUGAACGCGUGGGCUAUCCAACACGAUCCCGACCGUCACGAGGACCCCGAUCGUUUCUGGCCCGAGCGCUACUCUGAAGACCACACAAACACCAUGCAAAGUAUCAAUUCGAGUGACGUACGCAAUAGAGACCAUUUCGCCUUUGGCUCGGGCCGCCGCGUUUGUCCUGGCUACCAUGUCGCAGAACGUUCUCUUGCUGUCGCCAUAAUGCGCUUGCUAUGGGGCUUCAAGAUCUCGCCUGCCCCUGGCGCGAAAUUUCCUCUUGAUCCGCGUGAUUUCGCCGGAGAAAUGCCUGGUAAUCCUGGAGAACAUAUGCCGGUCACUCUUGUGGUCCGUGAUGAGAAGGCACGCAGUGUUAUCAGCCAGGCAUUCAAGAAAGCAGCUUCCACGCGCGUCCAGCUGGAGUCGCUUUCUUGAAAGCCAUCGUCGGUCAACAUGAUGGUAAAUAUUGGUUUCUCAGAUAUUGAUACAUCAAUAUGAUAUGAGAAUGAGCACGGGCAGUCACCGGAUGCGCUUGUUUGGAAUUGCGCUUCGAGUAGUCGACACUAAAAGGUAGCUUCUUGAUCGAUAUGUUCGUCCCCAUUGCCUUACAUAACGCCACUUCC